CAUCAGAAGAAAUUGACAAUUGCAAUUGAUCGGCUAACACGUGCCCUUUCUCGUCAGGCAGCGGCUAAUCCAACCUCACGCCUGCAGCACAAUCCACUUCCUGUUGCCUCUUCAUCCGCAUCUUUCGUCGCUUCCACCCCAACUGUUGCUUGCUCCUCCAACGCCCCAAAUGUCGGGCCUUUGUCACAGCCUUCAUCUAUGCUUCUACAGCCGCAUUUGCGAACCAUAUACUCGGCGCCAAAUGAGGCCGACGCUUUGGAGAGCAUUAUUCCUCCUUCGACGCAUAAUAUGAAGCUUGGAAGGCCAAGUUGCGGAGCUAACUGCACACCAGCCAAGGAUAUUUUCCUGCCUGACUUUCAUUCAUCCUCGCCUGGGCAAAGAGAUACAUUGCGUCUUUACAUCUAG